AUGACUCACCUUCGUCUUGAUACUUCAUUAUUGUCAACUUUGGAAGGUAAAGUUGUGGUCCUGACCGGAGGAGCGACUGGCAUUGGGCGUGCUACAAUCCAGCAAUUAUGCGUGAAUAAUUCAAGGAUUGUUUUUGGCGACGUGGUGGAAGACCUCUCAAAAACCCUGGAAGCUGACCUCGGCCCAAGUGUGCAAUUUGUGAAGUGCGACUCCUCAAGCUAUUCCGACCAGCUGAAGCUGUUUAAAGUCGCCUUUGAGAAAUAUGGCAGGAUCGACAUUGUUAUUGCCAAUGCCGGGAUUUCUAUCCAUAAGGAUAUCUUCGACCCAAAUGCCGAUAUUAACCAAGAACCUUCGAUGAAAGAAGUAGACAUCAACCUUGUGGGGUCAAUAUUCAGCACACGCAUCGGCAUGCACUACUUGCGAAAAAGUGGGGGUGGGGACUUGGUGCUUGUGAGCAGCAUUGCUGGGUUCAAGGAAUGUGGGGGCUUGGUCACCUACACGGCGAGCAAACACGGAGUUGUGGGUAUUAUGCGGGGCCUCCAUUUGACUGCCACGCUGGAAAAUAUCAGGGUUAACGUAAUUUGCCCUUGGAUGACCAGAACGCGUCUGGUUCUCGGGAUUGAGAAGGGGUGGUAUGAGCGAGGUCUGCCAGUGAAUGAGCCUGAAGAUGUGUCUAGAUCCAUUCUGAUCUGUGCAACUGCAAAUCGAGGGUCCAACGGGAAAACACAUACUGGCGUUUCUCUUCCCUUUGCAGGCAAAAUAGUUUACGUGGCUGGCGGGGAGGGUUAUGAGAUUGAGGACAAAAUAAAGAACUUGGAACCUGCGUGGCUGGGAGAGGACAAUAGCAAAAUUCUUGAUAAGGGACAGGAAUAUCUUGCAUCCGAAGAAACUAGCUGGGAUGUAUCGAAAUCUGCUUAG